AUGGCGCAUUACCCGCACCCCGCCUGCAAGCGGUGGCUCAUCGAUGUCGCCACGUGGCGGCCAUCCGACGGCGAGAUAGCUUGGCUGGGGGCGUUGCUGCCGGAGGAGGACGCAGCUGCAUGCCUGAAGUAUCGGUUCGAGGAUGACAGGAAGCGCGCGCUUGCCAGCAGGCUGCUGGUACGCCGAUGCUGUGCCGACGCCCUGGGCAUCCCCUGGCGCCAAGUUGUCGUGAAGCGCACGCGCGGGCGCAAGCCUUUCUGCGCCAACGCCGGCGUUGGCCGGUCAAACGCCCCCAACUUCAACUUUAACGUAUCCCAUGAGGGUGACUACGUGGCGCUGGCCAGUGACCCCCUGGCCAUCGUCGGCGUCGACGUGGCGGCGCCGCAGCAGCUGCGGCGCGGCGGCGGCGGCGCGCGCCCGCUGAUGGCGGCGCUGCGGCCGCUGAGGGACCAGCUGACCUCGGCAGAGUGGGCGCGCAUCGAGCACGCGGCCCCCGAUGAGGAAUCCAUGGAAGCUGCCUUCCAGCAGGCCUGGGGCUGCAAGGAGGCGUUUGUGAAAGCCAGGGGGGACGGACUCGGAUUCCAUCCGCUGUCACGCAUACACACAAACGUGGGAGCGGCGCCCGACGCUGAUGCACACAGCGGCGCCGCGGGCGUGCUGGCGGCGACCCUCACGGUCGACGGCGACCCGCUGUCGCGGUGGCGCGUGCAGCUGCACCGGCUGCCGCGGCGGCACUGGGCGGCGGUCGCGCUGGCGCCGCCGGAAGAGGUUGUGGAUGCAAAUGGGGAGUUCAAGGCCACCCUGCUGCGCCCCAUCAUCGGAGACGAAGAAAUGGCCGCCCUGCUGGCGCGGCCGGCGCCGCCGUUUGAUCUGCUGCAGAUCCAAGAUCUGCUGCCGCCUGAUCUGGCAUCGCAGCACGAGGCCCUGUUUGGCUGA